AUGAGCUUAAUUGAUGAUUUGGCAAGUUGCAAAGAAUGCAAUCAGUGGUUUGAAGAUUUAUCCCAUUCACAAUGUUGCAAUAAUAAAUUUUGUAAAAAUUGUGAAAAAACACACAGUUGUGGAAAUUAUAAAAAUAAUUGGGGUGGGUUAAAUAAUAGUGGUGGUGGUAGUGGUAUUGAAAGUAUCAGUGGUAGUAGUGGUGAUUCUAUAAAUAGUACAAAUUCAGUUGACAGAUCAAUUGAAAAUUUAUAUUCAAGUUUUUUAUCAGUAAAUUCAAGUUACAGUAUUGGAUUAAGUACAUCAUCAGAAUUUGAUGAUAAUAAUGAGGAGAAUGAAGAAUUUGAACAAGAUCAAUUAUUUGAACACAUUGUAUUUCCAAAUGAUACAUUACAAGGUUUAUCAAUUCGUUACAAUUGUUUAAUUCAAGAGAUUAAAUCAAUUAAUAAAAUUAGAUCAAUUGAUAGUUGUAGUACAAUCUCUAAAACCAUUCUAUUAAUACCAAAAAAACAAAAUCAAACUAGACAACAACCACAAGAUAUCUUUAAUAAUAAAGAAGUUUUAGAAAUUUUAAAAAAUAAUUUAAUAAAUAGAUUCAUAAAGAAAUCGAAAUGUACAGAUCAACCAAAAAUUGAAACUUUUUUAGAAAAACAUGGUUAUGACUUUUUUAAAGCAUUAUUAGAUUUUAAUAAUCAAUUAGAGAUUGAAAAACAACAACAACAAGAAAAAGAAAAACAAGAAAAAGAAAAAGAAAUACAACAAAAAAUAUCAACAAUAGAAACAACACCAGAAAAAUUACAAAUAUCACAACCAAUACAAACACCACAAAAUCCUAAACAAGUUUUUAAAUAUCAAGAAUUUGGUUUUGGAUCUUCACCAGAUGGUAAACCAAAUUUUAACCAAAGUAAAAAUUUUGAAAAUUUAGAUUAUUUUGAAUCUAAUAAUAGUAAUGAUAAUAAUAAUGAUAAAAAUAAUAAUAAUAAUUUAUUAAAUAAUAGUGACUUUUUAAUUAAAUCAUAUCGUGAAAAAUAUUCAGAUAUACCUCAAAAAACUAAAGUUCACAAUAUAAAUAAACCAACAAUAAGGAAAGUUUCAAGGACAUGCUGCGGCUGGUUUUGA